AUGCUCCGAGGCACGCCAGGACUAGGCCUCAGGGAACUGAAGCGGAGUGAGGGUUCUGUGGAGCACUUGGGGCGCUCUUGCCCCAAGGCUGGCAGGAACUUUGGAGCGCUGAAUCGCAGCCUGGAUGAGGCAGAGGAGGCGGCAGACAGAAGGCGCGAGCGGCCCACCCGGUCCAAGGCGCGGCGCAUGGCGGCCAACGUGCGGGAGCGUAAGCGCAUCCUGGAUUACAACGAGGCGUUCAACGCACUGCGCCGGGCGCUGCAGCACGACCUGGGUGGCAAGCGGCUCUCCAAGAUCGCCACGCUGCGCAGGGCCAUACACCGCAUCACUGCGCUCUCCCUGGUCCUGCGUGCCAGCCCGGCGCCCCGCUGGCCCUGCAGCCACCUGGAGUGUCAUGGCCAGGCUGCUCAAGGCCCAGGCGCAGGGGACUCCGGCUUCAGUACUCCUCGGUCCGCGCCGCCGCCCCCAGCGCCUGGUCUCCUGCGCAGGGAUGCCACCAACUCCUUAGUGCCGCCUGCACCGCGCUGCGCUUCGUGCUCCCCGCACGCGCACUUGGGGCGGCCCAGAGUGGUGGCUGAAGGGUCCGGUUUGGCCCAGGCCUCCGGGGGAAGCUGGCGCCGAUGUCCCGGAACUCCCCCUGUUGGAUCGAUUCCGUGGCGGUGGGGCUCCGGGAUGGGCUAUCAGCACUCCUGA